AUGGUAAACAAUGUCAUGACACCGGUGGACAAGGGCAAGAAGGUCUUCACCCUGAACGCGGAGGACAUGCGGAGGCGGCUGCGUGAAUGCUUCAAGCGGGAGUGCAUCCAGUCGGAGGAGAACGUGCCUACCAGCAUUUGCGGCCGCAUCGCCCGCAGCAACUUCUUCAACACCUGUGUCCUGGUCAUCAUCAUCUUGAACUCGCUGUGGAUCGCAGUGGACACGGACUUCAACAAGUCGGGAUCUGUAUGGGAUGCGCCAUAUCCCUUUCUGAUCACCGAAAACCUGUUCUGCCUCUUCUUCACCGUGGAGCUGGUUGUCCGCAUGGGGGCGUUUCAAAAUGCCGCCCAGUUCUGCGAUGGGUGGUUCCUUUUCGACUCGUCCCUGACCGUCAUGAUGAUCUGGGACACCUGGGUGUCAUUCCUGGUCAAGACGAUCUCGGGGCACAAUGUGAUCAGCUCCCAGGUCAGGAGCUUUACAGUCCUCCGCGUCUUGCGCGUUCUCAGGAUAGCGCGAGUGGCCCGCGCCGCGCGCAUCAUCAACUCACUCCCCGAGUUGAGAGUGCUGGUGAAGGGCAUGGUGAUUGCCAUGCGCUCGACGUGUACCAUCCUGGCCCUGCUGCUCAUCAUCGUCUACAUCUUUGCCAUUCUCUUUGUGCAACUGCUCUCAGAGAGCCAAGUGGGAAAGGGGUGGUUUGAAAACGUGCCGCAGGCGAUGAAUUUCCUACUGCUGCAGACGCUGGCAGGGGCAGAUGUGAACGUCAUCAACAAGCUCUUGGCAGCAGGCUGGACCUACUACAUCCUCUACCUGACCUUCGUCUUUAUGGGAUCUUUGACCCUGAUGAACAUGCUCAUCGGGGUCCUCUGCGAAGUGGUUGGUGUCGUUGCCCAGAUUGAGGAAGAACGAGCCUUCCAUGACGAAGCCCAGUCCUACAUUGCCAACUUCGUCGAUGUGCUGGACAUGGACGGAGAUCACAAGCUGUCGAAAGUGGAGUUCCUGCAGCUGAUGGAGCGGGAUCCGGACCUGCUGCGGGGCCUUCAGGCGUUCGGAAUCGAUGUGGUCGCCUUUUGCGACAAUGCGAUCGCGCUUUUUUCCGACACCGACAACAUGGAAGUUGGCGACUUCGUCGAGCUGGUCACGCAGUUCCGCAGCCAGAAGCAAACCACCGUCAAGGACUUGGUGGACAUGAGGAAGUUCAUCUCAAUGCAGCUGAGGCAUUUGGCAGAAGAGGUUCGUGGACGGUACGGACACGCGCGCAUCGAAGCCGCGCUGGAUCUGACGCAUUCGCGGGACAUCACCGCGGUCAGGUAUCAAACCGGGUAA